AUGCAGCGAUUCACCAAGAUCGCGCUGACGGUCACGUCGCUCGCGUUGAUCGUCUUGUCUCUGGCGUUCCUCGAAGUCACGGCUCCCGAGUACUCGAUCCGCAACUCGUCACAGUCGAUAUCGGACUUUGUGUCGACCAAACUCGGCCAAGUUUCUGGAAAACAACAACAACAGCAGCAGCAGCAGCAGCAGCACUCGUCAUACCCGCACGGCGAUGAGAUAACACUUCACGACUCCCCCUCCGACUCCUCCAACUCCAACUCCUCCGACUCGGGCUCCGCCUCCGCCUCCUCUUCGGCGGACCGAACCCCGGACGUCGGAUCGAGUGGCUACGACCGGAGAAGGAGGUACGCGUACGCGACCUUCUACUCGUCCCCGGCCAACGACACGCGGCCGCUCGACGAGGACAAGUACUUCACGGCGACGCGGGUGCUGCUGUACCAGCUCCUGCACCACCCGGCGACCAGGUCGACCAACGGCUACCCCCUGCUCGUGCUCGUGCCGAACCACGUCGACGCGCGCAAGACGGACAUCCUCAAGCGCGAGGGCGCCGUCGUCGUCCACGUCGACGUGCUCAACCCGGACGACGCGUCGUGGGUGCACCCGGCCCGCGCCAGCUGGGCCGAACAGUUCACCAAGCUCAGGCUGUUCACCCUGACCGAGUUCGACCGCAUCGCCUUCGUCGACUCGGACAUGCUCCUGAUCACGAGCCUCGACGGCAUGUUCGACGAGGACGUGGUGCAGACGCCCGCGGCCGCGUCGUCGGACGGCGACAAGGUCAGGGCCGACGAGGGCCCCUUGCCGAGGGACUACGUCUUCGUGGGCGUGUCGGACGCCGGCGGGCCGCACCGGGACAGCGUGCCCGACGAGCACGACAACGUCAACGGCGGCUUCUGGGUCAUGAGGCCCGACCCCGUGCUGUACCGCUACUACCUCGGCGUCAUGAACCUGCCGGGCCGCUUCGACGACUCGACCAUGGAGCAGGGCCUGCUGAACUACGCCCACCGCGCCGGCGGGCCCAUGCCCUACCGCCACUUCCAGACCGGCAAGUGGAACAUGAACUGGCCCAGCUACGGCGACGUCGAGCGCGGCGCCGCCAGCGUCCACGACAAGUUCUGGGACGAGGGCAACGCCGGCUGGAUCGACAGGCAGCUGGUCGAGAUGUGGUGGCGCAUGCAGGGGGAGAUGGAGGGCUUCUGGUUCAGGGAGCAACAGGACGGACUGUAUUGA